UGAUGAUAUUUAAAUAUUUAUAUAAGCUUUCUAACGAGAAUGGAGCAAAUUGGAAGACUUAAGACAAAGUAUACUUCACCACACACGUGGUCUGCUAAACAAACCACUGAUACUAGAAUUCCGGCUGAUGCAUAUUGGAAAUAUACACAAAGAAACAAUCAAGACAUGACCGAUCAAAAUAUCAGACGUCGUCACAGUCCAAUACCAGAAUCAACGAUGAGCUAUUAUUCUUCUGCAAAUUCUCAUAAGACUUUUAAACAUAAUGCUUAUCCCUGUUCGACGCAUCCAAAACAUUCUUCUGUUCUUCACACGGAAGUACCACAAAGAUAUCAACAGAUUACAAAAUCUGGUAGAAAUAAAGAUCGAACUAAUAACGUUGCUGUCAUAAAUAAAGAUCGAUAUAAAACACAGCAGGAAGAUGAAAACAAUGCAGAAUAUAUUGACGAAGAAUUAGGAAAUUUUACUGAAGAUAAUCUAGAAGAUGCCGAAGAAGAAGCGGAAAACGAGCGGUCUCUACGAAGCGAUGAAAGAGUCGGCGAGUCUAUCAAUAAGGAAUAUGAUGAGCAGGAAGCAGACGAUGAAAUAGAUGAAGAAUCUGAUGUACCUGCUGAAUCACAAGCAAUACAACGAAAUGCAACCAAGAAAGAUGCAUUGUUACGAGCACAGCAACGAACGCGAAUUAGCCAACAAGAUCCUCAUAGAAUUCGACAUUCUCAAUACUCGCCAAAAUUAUAUCAAGCUUAUCAUUUACCAACAAGGUAUUACCACAAUAUGCCUGAUCAUGAUGUCCAUGAAACAUUGUCCGAAGAAGAUCUAUAUACGGCUCAAGCAUUGAAAAAUCCUCCUCGAAGAUCAUCAAUGGGAUAUCAUCAAAAUUGGAUUCCGCAAAGGAAUUCAGCCGAUCGAUAUGACACAAUGACCUCGCUAACUCAACCAAGUCGCCGAACACGGACAAGACCAGAAAUAAAGUCUUUUACAGAAGCAGAAUUUGCUGAUAGAAGAAAGUGUAGUCGUUGCGGUAAUAUCUCUAUUAGGAAACUACCAAUCUUGAGAAAGAAUUGUAGAUUUCAGGAUAAUCCUAAUUUUUCAACGAAAGGACGUUUUGGCGAUGAUGCAGAAAUAUUCGACCAAUUCUGGUGUGGAUAUUGUAAACCAAAAUUUCGUUUCGAAGGAAACGUCGGGCCUUGUGAAAUUCCAUCACCAACUUUAUAUUCAAUGAAAUCACGACGUUCCAGGGAUGCUAAUAUACCGAUGCAUGAAACGUUAGAGGCAAAACAUCCGAUAGAUGAAAUAACGCAUGAAUUCGCACGAAUGUCAUCUAGAUACGCUAAAGAUAUUCCAAAUACCUUACGCGAUAGAACCAGACAUACCGUGCAGACAGCACAGGGAAAAAGAAAUUUAUAAACGUGAGGAUAUUUUAAAUAACUAUUGCUACUUUUGAGCAAUGUUCAUUGAAUAAGUGUUAGAUAACUUUGAAUAACAAAAAACCUGGUAAAAAAUAAAAUUAUCGAAGAAUCAAGAGAGAUAUAAUAAACUCAAUGAAAAACGCCAUUGCACUUCGUAACAAUCACCAGAUGCUACAAUAAUACUUAUAUUCACAGUCAGUUCCCUUCUAGUGUUUGUCCAACAUAUAUUUUUGUAACUGUCUUUCGAAUCGUGUAGAUGUAUUCUGUGUAGUGCGAUAAAUAAAAAUUGUGCCACAAAGGCAUGAAAAAUUAAUUUCACAAUGUACAUAUAAAUUGAAUAAAGCCAAUAGAGCAGAUGAAGCGAUUUAAUAUUCUUUUUCUCAUUGUAAUUUUAAAGAGGUAAAUAUCACUUUAUGUCUUUUAGCACUGGCGCACAAAAUCUACUGUAAAUACGUGAUAUUAUUCUAUAAUUAACUAUAUGAUAGACAUACGCGUACAUGUUAAACGGAGAAUAAACUCUCGAUCUGUACAUUAAACAUAAA